AUCCACUACUAUUACUAGUAGUAAUACUCAACAAGUUCAUUGAAAACCAUUUUUUCCUUAUAACCUCCAAAAUUACAAAAACGACAACAAUGAAGCCCAUCGACGACAAGAAGGACACGGUGGUGAUCCGGGCGGUGAGCCGCGACGAGGAAGGCCGGAAGAGAGUCGAGAAGACGGGGCUCAAAACCCACGACGUGGACACCAUAAAGUACGUCGAGAAGAAGCUCAUCGACAAGGGCGUGCAGCGCCUGGACCGCCACCCGGCCGACGGGAUCGGCGGCAUCGGGAAGCCGCCGCCGAAGUCCGGACACGGCGGGAAGUACACGUGGGAAGGCCCAGGCGAGGUGGCGGAGAACUUGCUGGCGCCGGCGCCGGCGGCGAUCGACGAGAGGGACCCUAACUAUGUGGAUGAGGACGCAGAGGAAAGGAUCGUAAGGGGAGAGGACAAGGACGUGGGGGAGUUGGUCGUCGGAGAAGUCGAGGUGGCGAAGGCAGCGGAGGGGAGAGAAGGUGUUGCGAGGGUUGAGGUUGAUCCUCAUCUUAAGGUUGUGUAGUUGAUGUCGUUUUAAGUUUUUUUCUUUUCUUUUUUUUUUUUUGGGGGGGGGAAAGUGCAAAUAAAGUGCUAAGUUGAAAGAAAAUGUUGUCAAAAGAAGGGUGUAAUUCAGUAUGUUUGUUGAUAUUGUGGGUUUGAAUGUGGUUAAUCUAGUUUUUUUAAUUAACGUGAAAAUGGAGCGUUUUAACUAAUUUGUGGAAAAGCCUAAUUAAAGGAGUAAGUUUCAAUGC